CGUUUCCCUUGGUUCACUCAUGAUUUCAACCAUAUAUGAAUACGGAACAGCAGCAGCGGAAAAGGCUGCAAUUGCUGUUUUACGGCGUGGUCGGAUCCCACAACAUAUUGGAUUCAUCUUGGAUGGCAACCGACGUUACGCAAGGAAAAUGGGUGCUGACACAAAGUCUGGUCACUAUAAAGGAUUCGAGCGUUUGAAAAAGGUCGUGCGCUUUUGUGUGGAACUAGGUAUCCAAACGGUCACUGUGUUUGCGUUUAGUAUCGAGAACUUCAAACGAUCAGAAGAAGAAGUGGCCUAUUUAAUGCAAUUGUUCCGUGAGCUGUUUUCAACUAUUCCAGAAGAUGAGUCGUUUGCGUAUUACAAAGUUGGUGUGCGAGUAUGCGGUCGCCUUAGCUGUUUGCCACCGGAUGUGGUAGAGUCAGCACAUGAGGCCAUGAACCGGACAAUGCACAAUGCAGAGCGAUACCUUAAUAUCUGCUGCGCAUACACCUCGAGAGAUGAAAUGGCCACGGCCAUCAAGGAGAACGUUCACCUUGUGGAAGAAGGCGAAAUGAACAUAGACGAUAUUACGGAGAGAUCCAUCCAAAAUCAUCUGUUUACCUCAAGAAGUCCGCCACUAGACAUCCUUGUGCGCACGUCUGGCGAAAUUAGACUCAGUGAUUUUUUGCUUUGGCAGUCGAGCGAUCAAUGUCAAAUACAGAUCUUGAACUGUUUGUGGCCAGAAAUUACGCUUUGGGAGAUCUUACCCGUACUACUGGAAUACCAAAUAUACCGUGACACAUCACGCAAAAAUCACAACAACAACAACAACAAGACCAAACCAAAAACCAAAAACAUUGCUAGUACAUAG